AUGGCUCUUACUCAGGGACAGUUGACAUUCAGGGAUGUGGCCAUAGAAUUCUCUCAGGAAGAGUGGAAAUGCCUGGACCCUGCUCAGAGGGCUUUGUACAGGGACGUGAUGUCGGAGACCUACAGGAACCUGGUCUCGCUGGAUAUCUCUCCUAAAAGUGUGAUCCAGGAAUCACCCCCAAUAGGGAACAGCUAUACAGGAGAAAUAUUCCACACAGUAACAUUGGAAAGGCAUGAAAGCCAUGACAUUGAAGAUUUUUGCUUCAGGGAAAUUCAGAAAAAUAUACAUGACUUUGAGUGUCAGUGGAAGGAUGAUGAAAGAAAUUACAACACAGAGCCCGUGACCCAAAAAGAAAAUCUUACUAGUAGAAGAGGCCAACAUAAUAAAAGGGAUGCAGGAAAUAAGCCUAUUAAAAAUCAGCUUAGAUUAUGCUUUCGGGCACUUCCACCUAAACUGCAGCUGUUUCAAGUUGAUGGGAAUAUUUAUGGCUGUAAUCAAGUUGAGAAGUCUAUCAAUAAUGGUUCCUUAGCUUCGCUACCACAAAGAACUCCUUCUAAUAUUAAAACCCAUGUUCUUAAAAAAUAUGGGACUGAUUUCAUCAAUCCUUCAUUACUUACACAAGAACAGAAAUCAUGCAUUAGGGAAAAACCUUACAAAUGUAAUGAGUGUGGCAAAGCCUUUAAUCACAGUUCACACCUCAUGGUACAUAAGUUAAUCCAUUCCAGAGAGAAACAAUAUAAAUGUGAUAUCUGUGGCAAAGUCUUUAGUCAAAAAUCAAACCUUGCACGUCAUCAGAGGGUUCAUACUGGAGAGAAACCAUACAAAUGUAAUGAAUGUGACAAGGUUUUCAGUCGCAAUUCAUGCCUGGCACUACAUCGAAGAAUUCAUACUGGAGAGAAACCUUACAAAUGUAAUGAGUGUGGCAAAGUUUUCAGUCGCAAUUCAUGCCUUGUGCUACAUCAGAGGAUUCAUAUUGGAGAGAAACCUUAUAAGUGUAAUGAGUGUGGCAAAGCCUUUAGUGUGCGGUCAACACUUAUGAACCAUAUGGUAAUCCACAGUGGAGAGAAACCCUACAAAUGCUGAGAAUGUGGCAAAGCCUUUAGUGUGCAUUCAAGCCUAACUACGCAUCAGGUGAUCCAUACUGGAGCAAAACCUUACAAAUGUAAUGAGUGUGGCAAAUCCUUCAAUGUGCGCCCAAACCUUGCUAGACAUCAGAUAAUCCAUACUGGGAAAAAACCUUUCAAAUGUAAUGAUUGUGGCAAAUCCUUUAGUGUGCGCCCAAAUCUCAUUAGGCACCAAAUGAUUCAUACUAGAGAGAAACCUUACAAAAGUGAUAAAUAUGACAAGGUCUCCAUUCAAAGUUCAAAUCUUGCAAGUCAUCAAAGAAUUUAUACUGGGGAGAAAUCUCACAAAUCAAACAAUUGGGGAAAACCUUACAAAUGUAAUGAAUGUGGCAAGGUGUUCACUCAAAAUUCACACCUUACGAGUCAUAGAAGAAUCCAUAGUGGAGAGAAGCCCUACAAAUGUGCUGAGUGUGGCAAAACCUUCAGUGUUCGUUCAAACCUAACUAUCCAUCAGGUAAUCCAUACUGGAGAAAAACCUUACAAAUGUAAUGAAUGUGGCAAGGUCUUCAGUCAGCCUUCAAACCUGGCAGGUCACAGGAGAAUUCAUACAGGAGAGAGACCUUACAAGUGUAAUGAGUGUGGGAAAACCUUUAGAGGACAUUCAAACCUAACUACCCAUCAGUUAAUCCAUACUGGGGAAAAGCCCUUCAAAUGUAAUGAAUGUGGCAAGCUUUUCACUCAAAAUUCACACCUUGCAAGCCACUGGAGAAUUCAUACUGGAGAGAAACCUUACAAGUGCAGUGAGUGUGGCAAAGCCUUUAGUGUUCGUUCAAGCCUAGCUAUCCAUCAGACAAUUCAUACUGGAGAAAAACCUUACAAAUGUAAUGAAUGUGGAAAGGUCUUUAGGUACAAUUCCUACCUUGGAAGGCAUCGCAGAAUUCAUACUGGAGAGAAACCUUACAAGUGCAAUGAGUGUGGCAAAGCAUUUAGUAUGCAUUCAAACCUAACUACACAUCAGGUCAUCCAUUCUGGAAAAAAACCUUUUAAAUGUAAUGAAUGUGGCAAGGUUUUCACUCAAAAUUCACAGCUUGCAAAUCACCGAAGAAUUCAUACUGGAGAGAAACCUUAUAAGUGCAAUGAGUGUGGGAAAGCCUUUAGUGUGCGUUCGAGCCUAACUACCCAUCAGGCAAUCCAUACUGGAGAGAAACCUUACAAAUGUAUUGAGUGUGGCAAGGGCUUCACUCAAAAAUCACACCUUACAAGUCAUCAGGGAAUUCAUUCUGGAGAGAAACCUUACAAGUGUAAUGACUGUGGCAAAGUCUUCAGUCAAACUUCACAGCUUGCAAGGCAUUGGAGAAUUCAUACUGGAGAAAAACCUUACACAUGUAAUGAGUGUGGAAGAGCCUUUAGUGUUCGGUCAAGCCUAACUCUUCAUCAGGCAAUACACACUGGACAAAAACCUUACAAAUGUCAUGAAUGUGGCAAGGUCUUUAGGCACAAUUCAUACCUUGCCACUCAUCGAAGAAUUCAUACAGGAGAGAAACCUUACAAGUGUAAUCAGUGUGGCAAGGCCUUUAGUAUGCAUUCAAACCUAACUACCCAUCAGGUCAUCCAUACUGGAGAAAAACCUUACAAGUGUAAUGAAUGUGGCAAGGUUUUCACUCAAAAUUCACACCUUGCAAAUCACCGAAGAAUUCAUACUGGUGAGAAACCUUACAGGUGCAAUGAGUGUGGGAAAGCCUUCAGCGUUCGUUCAACACUAACUACCCAUCAGGCCAUACAUACCGGGAAAAAACCUUACAAAUGUAAUGAAUGCGGCAAGGUCUUCACUCAAAAUUCACACCUGGCAAAUCACCGAAGAAUUCAUACUGGAGAGAAACCUUACAGAUGUGUAGUGUGUGGCAAAGCCUUUCGUGUACGUUCAAGCCUGACUACCCAUCAGGCAAUCCACACUGGAGAAAAACCGUAUAAAUGUAAUGAAUGUGGCAAGGUCUUCAGGCAAAGUUCAAACCUUGCAAGUCAUCACAGACUUCACAGUGGAGAGAAACCUUACAAGUGAGUGUGGCAAGGUCGUCAGUCACAGUUCACUCCUUUCACAACAUCAGAGAAUUCAUUCUUGAGGGAAUCCUUGCAAAUGUAAUGACUAUGGCCAGUCCUUCCUAAGUUGAACCAUUAAUAGAUAUCAGGAGAGUCCAUGAUAGGAAAUAUCGUGUAAAUUUAUGUGGCAGAGGCUUUGUCUAGGCCUCACAGCUCAGUGGGCCUCAAAAUACACAUAAUUGAUGAAACUACACAAAUGCAAUGUGUAUGGUGAUGCCAU